GCAGCUGUUUCUUUCGUCUGUUUCUUUUGCUGCAUGAGCCGUGACUUGUAGCUCCCGUGCGCGCAAUCGCCGGUGGCUGCGCGUUUCGGCGUUUCGUACGGUCUGUGCGUACGCUACUGAUCCAAUUUGCGGAAAACAAGCAGAGCUCCAGAUUUGUGCGCUAAUGGGCGCCGUGGCCGCAAUCACUUUAGGAAUAAUGGUUUAGCUCACUGCUGCGGUUUGCAAGAGAGAAGGGGAGAAAAGUGGAAAGGGAAAAAUCGCUUGUCACCGCAUCCGCUUCUUGAUGCGUCGGAAGAGAAUGGGAUCGCCGAUUGUACGCGCCGUGGCAAGAGCAAAGAGACAGCCCAAGACGCCGCCUCGGACGUCGCAGCGGUCAGCAGCAGCUGCGGUCUGCGCAUACCCUUGUUGCAGCUUGCGUGCGUCGUCCCUGCAUCGGUAGGGCGGCCGCGGUAAAGGCUCGCCGUCGAUGGAGCUUCGCUCCUACGCUGACACGAGCGAUGACUCUGGCGCAAAACGGCUCGAUUGCCCGCUCUGCGAGACACCGUCCAGCAUGAGAGAUGCCCGCGGUGACAGCUCGCCGUUUACCGGCGCGGCGGAGCCCGGCUGGCAGCCUUGCCGACUGCUCACCGCCAGCGGACAUCACAAGAGUGUCGCGGACUUGGUUUCCAACGGGUAUCCCCACAUCAUAUGUUCCUCGCAUACCUCUGCAAGCAAGACUACUGUCGAGCAGGUGCUCCCAGCAUUCCAAAAGGUGCAAGUACCCCGCAAGUGCCAUAGUUUACCGCGAAACUUCAAGUUCCGGCCAUACCAGCCCAAGGUUACGUCGGAUGCCCACACAACACCGUUGCUGAGCAGACAGUCGUCCGAAGUCGUUGGCCCUUCGGACUUUAAGUCACGCCUGGAUGCCAUAAAAGAUUGGUUCAGCACAUUCACUGAUGAUCAGAAGAAUGCCACAUUGAAAGCACUUUUGGGCUUGUGUGGCCAGUCCCAGAACCAUCUCCUCUCCGUCCUGCUCCAGCCAGUUCUGCACGAGCACUGCCCCGACAAUUGCCAGGACUGGCUCAGCUCCUUACCACAGGGUCCCCGGCUGCUCAUUUUCUCCUACCUGGAUCCAGUGUCACUGCUGCGCUGCGCCCAGGUGUGCCAUGCGUGGCGUGACCUUACUCGUGACCCCUACCUGUGGCAGCGCCUGUGCUCACAGCCACAGUGGCGCGUGAGCUCAGCCACUGAGCGCAAGCAGCUGCAGCUUCUGCGUCGUCUCGAUGGCCACGUGGACUGGCGUGCUGUGUUUUGCCAGCGGUUCCGCCUGAGGCGCAACUGGCUCCGUGGCAGCUGCCACGUGCGCACAUUCCACGGGCACACACAGGCCGUGUUCUGCGUCCAGUUUGACGACACACGCAUUGUGAGUGGCUCCUCGGACAAAACGAUCAAGGUGUGGAACAUGCGCACAAAUAGUCCUUGGUCGGUGAUGACUCUCGUCGGUCACUCGGGCACGGUGCGCUGCCUUCACCUGAGCGGCAACCGACUAGUCUCAGGCUCCAGUGACUGCACGAUAAAGGUGUGGGACUUGAGUACAGAACACUCCUGGUCCAGCAUAGCCUGUAAGGGCACCAUGGUUGGGCACAUAGACACUGUGCGAUGCCUCCAAGCUGAUCAACGCCAAGUUGUCAGUGGCUCCUACGAUCGCACUCUUAAGGUCUGGGACAUGCGGACAGGACGUUGCCUGCGCACGCUGGUCGGUCACACCGGUGCGGUACUGUGCCUGCAGUACCACGGAGACCAGCUUGUGUCGGGCUCCUGUGACCGAACCAUACGAGUCUGGCAGCUGGGCACUGGUCGUCACAUGGCGACCUUUCACGGUCACCAAGAUGCAGUCACCUGCCUCCAGUUUGACUCCAUGCAGGUGGUGAGCGGUUCCCUGGACCGCACUAUCAAGCUGUGGGGCCUGUCGAGCGGACACUGCCUGCGCACCCUGGACUGGAUCAAGUCUGAGGGCCACACGGGCGUGGUGCGCUGCUUGCAGGCCGACCAGUGGCGCAUCGUCAGCGCUGGCGACGACCGUGCGCUCAAGGUCUGGGGCCUCGAGACCGGCCAGAGGCUCGUCACACUGCGCAACCACUCGGAUGGGGUCACCUGCCUCCAGUUCAGCGACUGCCUCAUCGUUUCGGGCUCCUAUGACCAGACGGUCAAGCUAUGGGAUUUUACCGUCUGUUGAAAGGCCCUGCAAAAAGCUUCGAAACGGUGUAUCCACCGUGACCGUGUGCUCUGCAGGCAGCAGAUAUGGCACUUAAGGUGCAUUCACACGGAUAAUUGACAGAGGUCGCGCAACCGACCACGACUAGUGACCGAGGGGCUACUCAGGGUGAAAGGUGAUCACACUGGCAAACGCAACCUGCCCGUUGCCAUACUGAAAUGUCUCACAAUUGAUGGCCUUCAUGUUUGCUCAGAGCCUCCCCACCGCCAUCGCCGCAUAACAUAAGCGUCAGUGUACACAGACGUCCUGCUCCUAUGUCACCAAUUGGUUCAGUAGGCUUGCAACUGCAGUUAUGUGACUGGAAAAUCGAGCAGCUGACCUAAAACAGUGGCAUUUCACCCAAAGUGACCAUUUGCGACCAACUUGGUCUCGCGACCUCUGCAAGUCACUGAUGUGAAUGGGCUCUUGGCUGUCUAUCUCGCGCACAAGUAGGGAAGUGCUUUGUUGCUUCGCAAAAGUGCGGUUCGUCAAACCUGGUAAAAGUGCUGCAUUUGUAAAUGUUCAGAAGCACGAGUACAGUGCCAGCAGUGGCGUGGGGGUUUGACACUGACCACUACUAUUUCUCCCGCUCCUUCACCCUUUCUCUCUCACUCUCUUACACAUGCACACACACAUGCGCAUACACAGAGAGAGAGAGAGAGAGGUUGUACACCAUGUAAAGACGAACUCUUAGCACUCCCCAGACAAGAAUGCUUUAACAGUGAGGAUGCACUUUUGCGUUGCCGAAACAACACCUUGCUUAACUUCUGACAAAAGUUUCUUAUUGCUGAGAUAGUUAUGCUAUCAUUCUUAUGCUAUUUCUAAAAAUAACGAUAUAAAAAGACUAAAAUUGCGUUUAAAAAUUGAUGCAUUUCUAUAACGUAUGUUGAUGACCUAGCUGGUACAUGACUUGGAAAAAUGAACAGCGCUAAAAAUGGGGCCAAACAAAAACAAAACAGCGCACUCUUGUGGGUCUUCUUGUUUGCAGACCAGACUUGUUGCAGCCCAGGGGACAGUGGAUGUCACCGUUGUUUUCCAGCCAGAUCUUCAAUUGAGUGGUACGGUUACAGCUGCGUACGGAAGAGGGCGGGCACUAUGUUGCAAGUCACCUAUCACUCAAUGGUGCUUUCGGCGUUGUGGGCAUGCUAUAUUAUUCUAGAUUUAAAAAUACAGGAAUUAAGCAUUAUGCUAGAACUUCAAUAGUAUCAUAUGAUGCAAGUUUCACUCACUUUCGGUGACCUGCUGUGCGACUUGUUUGAAGGGAUGUUUCGAAGUAACUUGCAAUCAUGGUAUUGUAGGCAUCACGCAAUGCUGCAUACUGUAAUUUGAUCACACUAGCAAUUGAUGAGGCAGACAGUCCGAAGCACGGCUGCUUCCUGUUUAGAAUCCUUUGUGAAAGUUGUAGCAUCUGUAGUACGCAGUAAAAUAUAGGCCUGUAGCUCUGAGAGAUUUGAAAGUAUUAGGUCACCUGACACAUUUAUCAUAUUCCGCUGAUUGAGUUUUUCUAUUCAUUGCUUAAAAAGCUAGACAGUGUCGUGCUUCCACAAGCUGUGGGCAUCCAUGGGCCAACCGCAAGAUUGCAGAGCAGCAACAGCCUGUCAUUCUCACUCGAUGCUGUGUGUCGCGACAUUGCCACUCAGUCAUUAGUCGCUCCUGCUAAUCUCCUUCAGUGGCAAAUUUGCAUUCAGUUUGCUGCAUCAAGCUCCUUGCCAAUUUGCAACGGCUUAAGAGCGGUUGCCUGGGUCAUAUUGAAAACUCGUCACACGCAUGUUUGUUCUUUCUUCUUUAGCUUCUUGUACCAUGUUGCAAGGCACAUGAAGGCUUUGCACAAACGGCCAAAAUGCCGCGCUCUGUGUUCUCUUAACACGUCCGCUGCGGCAGCAUUUCUUGUAGUCUCGAUUUUUGUGAGUCGUGACCCACCGGUGGGUCACUUGUCAUAUUACCCCGAUGCGUCAUGACCCACCGGUAGGUCACCAGGAAGUUGUUCUCCUUUGAAGCUUCCUCAAGGUGCCGAGAGAUAGCACCUCACCACAUCAAAUCAGAAACAACAAGAAUUUUUUCUCUCCGUUGAUUGCUAGAAAAUAAUGUUGCUUGCACACUGCAAGAAAGCCCUGCACAGCCGCACAGAGGGAAUAACUGCUGUGACCCACCGUUGACCCACGCCGCAGUGAACGUGUUAAAUUGGUGGUUGAUAUAUGCAUGUACAGCCAGCCUUGUGCUUAGCACUUACAGCACACGUGCGGCAUCACCUUGUGUAUAGUGUACCGGUGCAUUCCAGAUGAGACAAGUAGUGCCAAGAUCACUGUAUCUAUUUCGAGAUCACUGUGACUGGUUUGUACACUACUUCAGCAUGGGCUUACACCUGAUGUUAUCGGUGUUGUUUGUAUACGCAGCUCUUGCACGUGGUAUUUUUGAAACCACUGCUGUGCACCAGACAAAGCUUGCAGAUAUUGUUCUUUAUUUAUCUUAAUAUUGCAUUUAUGAAUUGUCAAGUCAUCCAGCAAAAAAUGCAAACCUGCUGGCAAACCUUUUGUGGUUGUGAGUUCAUUUUCGAGCAGUAGUAGUAGUUAUACAUACCUAACGCAGGUUUCACACUGCUGAAUGUUGCGUUAAUAAGGGAGCACAGUAUAGAUCGCUUCAACAGCAGCAAAAUGACGAUUAAGUUGUGCCACUUUUGGACUGUUAACAACACGCAUCCUUGGCAUCUGGUGCAUCAACUUUCUUCAGUUCUACUACACUCGAACCUCGUUACAACAAAGUUGAAGGAGGGGACCGACAUUACUUCGUUAUAUAUCCAUUGUUGUUCCGUUUUGAUAGUCUUUUGCAUCCGCUUUCCACUUAGCUCAUCAUGGUCGAACAGCACGUGGCACACAACACCGCGAUCUGCUGUGUGAUAUCAAGGAGGCAAGCGAACCUUGCCACACCAACUUGGCUCGGCCGGCUCGUAGCCUCCGGGAUUUCAUUGACGCCAUUGCGAUCUCGGAGGCCAUGCCCAUCAGGGAGACAUUAAUGCAUGGCUUGGAUGUGACCCCCAAAAUUGCGCUGGGGAGGCCUAUGAGGCCAUGCCCAGCUGCGGCUGCCUGCGCUGCGCGCUGUAGAGACAGUGAGAAGUGAAUGCACUAAUCUUUCGCACCGCAGAGCCACACAGCUUGUGCUGCCUGGCUUGCGCAAGAGUGAGAUCAGUGGAAAAGUGCGAUAGGAAGCUGCUCUUUGUACGCAAGUGCAUAGCUAUACAUGGCGGUGAGAAAGCCCAGUGUUGCUCGACAAUGUAUUUGAUGGCAGGGACGUGGGAGUUUUGAACUGCCGCGGCGAAAGAGUGACAACCCAGUGGAAAGCGAUGUACUCGGCGCGCGACGUUUGGUUAUCUUUUGGAGACGAACCUAGUUGAUUAUAUCCAUUGACAGGACAAGUUUCUUUGUUAAAGCGAAGUUUUAGAUGCAUGGAUCUCUGUGGGCAUUUAAAGGGGAACUUCAUAUACUUCGUUAUAUCCAUUAUUUCAUUAUAUCCUAUUUUGUUAUAACGAGAUUCGGGUGUAACACGUGCCUAUAACAGCCAGGCUGCCAGCUUGGCAUUGGCCACAAUGCUCAUUGUGAAAAAGUGCAGGAAUAUCUCAUUCGGCUGAAUUGAUGCCUCAUUCGUGCUCCUUUUCAGACAGAGUUGGCGUUCUGUGACACAUUCUGUUUAACACUAUGUCUGGAUGCCUUAUUGCCCUGUUUUGGUUAAGAGUAAGUCAACAAUACAUUUCCAUGGCAGUGGCGUUGCCAGACAAGAAAUGGAAAUUUGCUCAGGGAAGGGAACAGCAGCAUCUGUCACCUAAAGGGUGUAACCACUCUGCGUGGUCUACAUCUGCGUGACUCUUUGCAUGCCCUCAACAUGCAGAACCACUGUCUCGUUCAGUGAAAAGACUUGUGUCUUUCUUUUGGCAUCACUGUAGACAGUGUGUAUUGUGAUUAUGCUGAAUGAAACUGCCCAUUAGUAGUACAUACUAACGUGGCACCAAACAAAUAGCACUGUGAAAUUGCCACCUACGUGAAAAAAUUGAAUGGGAAUGAGAGAGUGAUUUAGGAGAAUGAAUUGUUUAACUCCUUUAUGGGCUGCACAAUGUAUCCUAAAGCUUAAACUUUGGCAGAUUGAAUGAAUCGGCACUUUAAAGGGCCCUGCACGAGGCCACAAAGCAAAUUUUGGUUAUACGCUGGAAGUUGUUACGUGCCUUCUUGGGAGCGUUCUACCACAAUAAUUUUUCAAAUUGGUUCAUUAACAGCUGAGGUAGAGAUAUCUCAGUGCUGCAAGCCUAUGAUUUUAGUGCUGCGAACCUACAGCCACUGCCAAGAGAGACAUUCUCUCCCCUUGCCCUGUCUAGCCUCUGCAUGCAAGCGAAAUUCCUUCCCUGCAUUCUCUCCCACCGGAACUGGAGGAUCGUGCGAUGCACGCAUCACGGGCCCCGCCUUCCUUUUCUUUCUUUCUUUUUUUUUUCUCACGCUUUUUUUUUCUGCGUGGCUCACUUCCUCUGAUGGUCACACCUCCAAGCUGUUGCGUUUGUCUCAUUUUGCGCAGCGCACGAUUUUGCACGCUGUGCACUUGACUACUGGCAUAAGUCAGUGAUUCACGAGCACUGAGGCAGAUGCAAGGAGAUCACAAAGCAUGAUCGUGCACUGGAACAUGGUAGGAAAUGAUAGUUUUUUCACUCUCAACGCGCGACUGCACGAUGUAAGAACAAGCUGACGAAACAGAAGUACAGCUCUCUUGCUGCGGUGCAAAGUAAAACAGAAACAUGCAGACAUUUGGUUUGUGUGGGUGAUUAUUUCUCUAAGCAUUAAUUCGUCUAUUGAAGCAACAGAUUACACAAGCAGAUGUUCUCUUGAAUAAUUCUCAAAAUGCCAGGUGUCGCUAUGAGCGACAUCGCAGCAUGUACAUAUACGUAGGCGCAUUUGCUAAUAUACGUCAUCCCCCUGUCUUGAAGCGCGGCACCCAUGAGGAGAAGAGAAAUGGCAUUUAGUUCGAAAUUUCAGCUCUUUCUGUGGCGCAUAGCGAUCUAAUUCUUAGGAGGCACAAUCGUGAGCACGCGUUGCAUGCACUGUGCUUAUCAGCUCAAAAUGGCCAGAACCGGUGAGGAGUCCUUUAAGGCACGAUACUAAGCCCCCUUAUUGACGUAUGCUCCUGCUGUGUGAAAUUAUCACAGUCUAAAGAAUGUGAGGGAAGCCGCUGCAAGAUAUCCUGUCUCCAGAAAGGAUAUUUUGUACUGUUGCUUGCAAGUGAUGUGGCUUAUCUUCAGGUGAUGUCCUGUGUGUUGUGUACAUAAACGUUUUAAUUUCCUAAAGAAGCUGCAUUUAGACACCUGUUGAGUAUAUGUACUGUGGUAAAAUUGACAAAAGUUGAAUUGAAAAGUGCGAACACUUAUUCUUUUUCUGGAUUUCAGGGUACAGAGGCAGGUGCACAUUUAUUUUUGGUUGUUGGCACUUUUUCUUGAAAGGUGUUAAAAUGUAAAAUGGUGUCCAAGUCGUAAUUUUACAUGUGGAAAGCAAACUUAAACUAGGUGCGUUUGUUUUUUGGUCAGGUGAGGCACCAAAAUAGAUUACGUGGCAGCCACUUUUGUUUCGAACAGUGACAGCACUCCAGCAGUUUGACAUGCAUUCUUGCUAUUAGGUUUAGUAUAACAAUGACACAAUAUCUGUAAGUAUUGCAUUACAUAUUGUACUGUCACGGUGAGAUUAGUCACUUGGGGGCACACCUAGGCUAGCUGAAACGAUGUUGGUAAUACAGAAGCGUUCAGUCACUUUUGCCAAGAUGAAAGUUACCACUAGAGUGAAAAUUAUGUGAACACAGGGCAGGAAUAGCAUCACCAUUGUGGAAAGAAGGAACUAGAUUUCACUAUAGUGGUCCAUAGCAGUAGUGCAGUCAUGGUUUCACUCGGUUCACUUGUUUGCACAUUUAAAUGACAUCGAGUCAUUCUUUAUUGUAUUUAUGUUCCUUAUUUUUUUGAUGCAAGAUGUCUUGUGCAGUUACAGAGUACUGGGACACAUUGUGGCUCAGGGUUUACUUGUCUUGUGACAUGCUUGACUUUUGACAAAUUUUUUUUUUUCAAUUUCUUCUUGCAAAAGCUGUGUGCUCAAACAUUGAAACAACAUAUUUGAUGCAAGUCCUCAGGUUGUGUCUGUUCUCAAAGGGCCAUUGACUGUUCAUGAUGCACGUUACAAAUUCGCAGAGUUAAAAGAAAACUUUAGCUCAAGGCCAGCUUUGAUUUAUUCUUUCAAAAAGCCCUGAAGUGUAAAAAUGCUCUUGUUGGGCAAUGACUGAACCAAUUUCUGCUAUAUUUGUUACAAUAUUUGUUACAGAAAUGCCAAACUCCAGCAACUGGUAGUCUUAGAAUUUUGACGUAGGCGACCUUCAUAAAGUUUGCAGGAACUAAUGGGAAAAACAAAAACAAGAUGGCCCUUUUAUAGCACUUUAGCCCUAUGAUAAAAGCAAAUGUCAUGAUUCCGUAAUUUGUACCUUACGGAGCAUUUAGAGAGAACAAAUUUGGGGUACUAUGUAUGGCUUUAAGCUACCUUGGUGUUCAGGAAACCCAACUAUUUUAGAACCUGUGUAACUGAGCAAGUCAAUGCACACAGACUACAAGAUGCCUAUUUUGUACGCUUUGAACAGUUAGCAGCACUUUACAGAACUAUAACAGCUGUCUUUGCUGCAGCGUUGAGUAGUUAAAAACUUGCCAGUUGAAUUUUCCUUAAAUUUUGCUGUUCUUGUAAAAGUUUUUAAAAAAUUUCUCAAAAGUUUUAAACAAAAAGUUGGGGUAUGCUUCUAGCAAGUCACCAGAAUCAUUUUUUUUUAAGGCAACAAAUAUUGUACGUUGCAGUUCUGUGGUUGUCUAAUGAGAACAUUUCUAAAUAUCGUGCAACUUGAAUGAGGAAAUCUGAGCUCGCCCCAGCUGGACCUUUUUCUUAAAGGAGUACUGACAUAACAUUUUCGACUUUCUCUUUUGCAUUAAAUGAAAGUCCAAGCUCUCAAAACUCUUGGAAAAAAACAACUGCCGGAUCUUGCACUUCUGUCGGAAUCGGUGUGAAGCGAAGCUUUCAGUGAUGUUUGCACAGAUGGUAAAGUGAAAGUUAUGUGAAUGUAACGCUAAUGACUGAUAUGCUUAAAGAAAAUCGCAUAGGUAUAUGAAGUGUUAUCUUAUGCAUGCUAUCUUAUGCAAUUAAAAUGUUAAUGGUGCAGACUGCUAUGUUUAACCAAACAUAACGUAGCUGGGCAAGUGUAACGUAAUGACGCAAAUGUUUAGGUGCACGUGUGGCCUCUAUUUAAGGUUAACAGAAGAUGCACAAAAUGCACAAUGCUUUUGUUUAUUACAACUUUUUUUUUAGUACGAGCACUUUACGUUAUUGAUACAAGAUGUCAGUGAAUUUAGCUGCAUGUCAUGGCUUUGCAGUAACAUCAGCGAUGUGAGACCCGGCAUUUCAAGACCAACUGUAGUAUCAAAAUAAAAUAUCUCCAGUUUCCUAACCUCCUUGUUGAGUGUCAUCUGUCGGCUUACAAUCUGUCGACAGUCGAAAAUAAAUGUCAGUACUCCUGUAAGAGAUCCUUCUCCAACGUUCAGCACCAUGCAUGGUGAUGAGCUGCUUUGCCUUCUUGAACGCUGGUGCUUUACAACCAAAAGAGCAUAGCAGUGUGGUGCAGCUUGCAGAAUUCUUGAGUAAAGCGCUGGCUUCCCUGCGUAACAGCUCAGUGUUUCUGCCAGACUCACGAAUGUGUGUUCAUAAUGGUGCAUUUAUGUGUUAAAAAAAAAUGCUUGGGAACAAAUUCUCUGUGUGCUACCAACAAAUGCCCUCUGCACUUGUGGGGGUCUUACUCCAAUGCCAGCUACGUACUGAUGCUUGUCUCUUGCCCCAUUUCUUUGGGGCCACAUUGUGGCUGAGGUGGGUUUUGUUACAAACUGUUAAAGGGACGCGAAAAAGAAAUCAAAGUCAGCUGCCUUUGUAAAUUACUUGUCUAUGAGGCCAAAAAAGCCACUCUUGCAACAUGAAGAGGCUUGGCAAGAUGCAAAACAUACAAAAACGAAAUAGGUUCCUUGCCAGCUCAGCGUGAUGUAGAUUUUGACAGCGCCUGCUCUGGCCCAGUUAAAUUUUUUUAAUCAUUAAAUAUAGAGCACAUUAUACUCUAAAAGAGUGAAGGACUGAACAUAGCAUGUUUAGAAAAUUUUCACUGAGCCCCAAUACGAAGAAAGACGCUUUUGAAAUCUGCGACAUCACAGUAGCUACCAGCGCAGGAGUUUUGACGUGAAAUUACAAAAAUUGAACUUUGACUUUCAUUUACUCUUAUGGUAAUCAACCUCUUAUCAUUAAAUUAGAAAAAUAAUCGUUUUGGUUAAAGGAUACUUGAUCGGUAUAAACUGAUUUAGUGUUUCUUUUUGGUGUCCCUUUAAGCAACAAGAACAUGGAAUGCACUUACAAACUAUUUUUUUGCCAGCAUGUCCAUAUCCCUCCUCGCAAUGACCGCACUGUUACCAUGACUGAAGCAUAUUUCAUGGGACUUCAGCUUUAGUUGGUAAAGCGCAUUGACUAUGUUUUAGUAAUAAUUUCAGGAGUGGUCAUGCAGCGUAACAUGGACAUACUGACAUCAGGCGAUGCCAUACCUAAUGGGAACUGAAAACAUGUUCCUCGUGGUAUAUCCUGUAUUAGUUAUGCAGUUACAGCUGCACCACUAUCUUGGCACAAAAGGGGAGAGUGGUUAGGACUGUGUGUGGGUUCAUCUCACGUUUCUAAGUUUGUGUGUUGUGCCCAGGAUGCUAUUAUGUGGUGCUUAGCUGUAAUCUUUUUGCUUGCUUUGUCGACUGCAGGGGGAAUAUAGAAGAAAGAAAGAAAAGUGGCCUCCCUAGCAAGAUUAAAGUGAUUGUGACGUGCUCUUAAAAUAUUUCUGGAGUGCACAAAUUAUUAUUUGAGACUACAUUAGGCAUUGGGAUAGCGUGAAGCUAUAACACACAACAUACAUUUGCACAUCACCAUUAGGAGGUCAACUUCCAACUCGGAUAAUGAAAGAUUGAGUGUUUAAUGAACAAGAGUAGCCAUGCUAACAUCCUGUAGAAGCGUCAAAUUUAGAACAUCGUAGUCAAAUUUCAUUUGUGCCAUGAUGGACAAACCUUGGUUAGUAAUGCUUAAUCCUUUUUAUCCCACCUAAUGAAAUGUUCAGUAGCAGCCUGUAUGUUAGAUGCAUUCUAGCUUGCGUAGAGUUCCUUGUGAAUUCCAUUAAAGAGGCACAGAAGAGAAAAAUAAUUUGGGCUGUAUCGGUAAAUUAUCCUUCUGCAAUACCAAAAAAAAGCCACUCUCAUCAUGACGGGAAGGUUGAUAAGCCAGAAAAUAUGGAGUUUUCACACCAGCUCACUGUAACGUCACAGACUUUGAUGGCGGUUACGUGGGCCUGGUUAAUGCUUUCAUCGGUAAAGAUAGACUGCAUUCUAUUCUAAAAAAGGUAAAAGCUGAACUUGCCAAGUUUCAAGAAUUUUUACUGAGCCAUUGCUGCCUAUAUAUGAGGAAAUGUGACGACCAUGACCUCACGCCGACGUGCUGGUACUGGAAUUUCAGUGCAAAAUUCAAGAAAUAAAAUGUCUACUUUCUUCUUUGCUUCUAAUAAACAACCUAAUUCCAGUGAAAUUAAUGAAAGUAGAGUUUUGUAAGAGUACAUUUAUCAAUCUAAACUGAUUUAUUGUUUCCCUUUAGUGUCCCUUUAAGUGGAAUGACACACCUUUAGGCUAGGUAGAGGUGUUGCACAGAAAAGCUCGGUGUGAAACCUUGGACAGUUCAUUUAGCUGUGCACCUUGAAUAUGCAAAGGCGUUGUAUAAUUUAUUAUAUUUUUUUAAAACCUUGGUACCACGUGGCAUGUUUAUGCCCACCUGUGCUCGUCUCGGUGUUACCAAAGUCCGGUUUCCGUCCCUUUCGUGUAUGUUCAAAGUAAGGCGCACUUUCUUGCCUGAUGAGUAACUGUCUGCUUCUUUGAGCAGCAGUGCAGUGUCGCUGAUGUGUAAGAAAUAAAGUUAUGCAAUGCACA